GAGGGUCCCACAACUGGGGAAUCCCAAAACAGGUCGCGCGUCAUAUGGUAAAUCCGGUCGCCGAGGUCACGUGAUUUACAUACGAGGGCAUUCGAAUGGCGGACGUGUACAGUUGUCAACAAAGUUGCACACAUUAUCUAAAUGACAGCAUAUAACGGAGACCCGUCUGGAAGUUAUCAAACGGGACUCUUAGACAGCGAAAACUUAUACAAUGGCCACGGACGAUACGUCCGGGACAAGGAACACUACUUUUGAAUUUCUUCGGUCCUUUUCUGUUGUCGAGGGUGUCAUUGACGAAGAAGAUGACUUUGAUGUUUUGUCACCGAUUCCCGAAACUGCCGAUAGUCCAGAUUUCACCGGGGAUAUAUUGGAUGGUGCUGACAGGAUUGACCCCAUACAUUGCGAUGGCCAUGGUUUGCAGUUUGUUCCCUUCCGGACCAUCCACAACAAGCCGGACCCAUUCAACACCAUACGAGCCAACUGCUGGAUUGGCCACCUGCCUGUGGAGGUCAAGCUGACCAAACACGAGAAGCAUGUGUCCAAGAUGCUCAACCCUUACCUGUACACCAUUGAGGUAAAGCAUGGGGACUUUGAGUGGACGGUGAAGCGGAGGUACAAACACUUCCGCCAGCUGCACGACGCCCUGACGCUGUACCGUGCCAGAUACAGACUGCCAAUACCCAAGAAAGAAUAUGUUGGAUCAUGGACCCCCUUGCUCAGGUAUCGCGAAAGACGGAAGACUAUGAAGCAGGACCAUCGUGUCAGCGUGCGCUUCCCCCUGAGACCCGACUACCUCGUCAGUGAACACAACAUCCAAGAACGCAUGACCCAGCUGGAGAAGUACCUGUGCAGCCUCCUCAAGUGCAAGUCCUUCAAGAACCACUCUGAGACUAUGCGUUUCUUCGAAGUCAGUCCAUUGUCCUUCAUCAACAAGCUGGGUCGUAAGGGGAAGGAGGGGUUGAUCAAGAAGUGUUCCGGGGGUCGGAGGAUCAACAUUGGCUGUUGUGGCUGCUUGAGCAAAGUCCACCUGGCUGGUACUUGGAACAGACGAUGGCUGGUGAUCAAGGACAACUUCGUGGCGUACAUCCGACCAGAAGAUGGCGCUGUCAGUGACGUGAUGUUGAUGGACUCGGAGUUCAAUGUGCAGUGUGGGAUGGCAACCACAGGGGCACCUCACGGCGUCCUCAUCUCGAAUCUCAACAGGAAGCUGCUGAUCAAGUGCUGGACGUCCCGCAAGGCCCGCGAGUGGAAGGAGUGUCUGGAGGACCGGGCCCAGUCCACGGCCCGGGACUACACCCAGGUCAACCGCUUCAAGUCCUACGCCCCACACCGGGAGGACUCCUAUGCCAGAUGGUUUGUGGAUGCCUCUUCCUACUUCGAAGCUGUUGCCGACGCCCUGGAGAAGGCCAAGGAGGAGAUCUUCAUAGCGGACUGGUGGUUGAGUCCAGAGAUCUACAUGAAGCGACCAAUGGUAGAUGGCGACAAAUGGAGGCUGGACGUCAUCCUGCAGAGGAAAGCAGAGAUGGGGGUGAAGGUGUACAUCCUGCUGUACAAGGAGGUGGAGCUGGCCCUGCAGAUCAACAGCCGCUACAGCAAACACAUCCUCAUGAACAGGAACACCGAGAACAUCAGGGUUCUGCGGCAUCCUGAUCAUGGCGCCAACGGGGUGUUGUUGUGGGCUCAUCACGAGAAGCUUGUGGUCAUCGACCAAUCCGUGGCCUUCCUGGGAGGGAUAGAUCUGUGCUAUGGUCGGUGGGAUGAUGAGAAACACAGACUGAAGGACCUUGGUUCUGUAGAUCUGAUGCAGACUUGUUCAGAUGUGAAUGUCUCCAGUAUUAGCAUCCGUCCAGAGGAAUCAGCCGUCACAGAUACCACAGAGUUAAAUGAUGAUCUGGGCUCCACUGACAAGCUGACUGUACCAACGUCACUGCCGCUGACCCAAGUGUCUCCAGCAGAUGUCAGCAUCCAUGUCAUCCCCGCUUCACCUGACGAACACCCAGAGGUCACUAUUGAAGAUCAUGUGACACAAUCACAGUCAACUAGCAACUCAAGUAACCAAUCAGAAAUGGUGACACAAAAUUCACAAUCAACAGUUAACUCGGAAGUCAAUGAAUCAGAAUUGACUAAAAACGUCAUAAACCAAUCAGAGUGUACGAGGACUAGUCAGUCACUUGACCAAUCAGAUGAUGUAGCACGUGCAGAAGACAAUGAUGUUGUUGAUGGUGCUGUUAUUUCUCGGAAUCCUGUUUUAGAAGCUCAGAAUUCUGCUGAGAGUGGUGUUCACUUGUGGAAGGAAAAGGCAAACCAGAAAGACCUUAAACUCAUCAUUCCAAAGAAAGGCCGUGGUGGAUCUGGCGCCAAGAGCAAAUUAAAAAAAUCUGUCGCCAUGGAUACGGGUGAUGUUAUAGUGCCUGAAACUGUUCAUCAUGUUACUGCAAGUCACAGACACAGUGCCAGCAGUGACACCUCAAGCAGAUCGCAUAAUUCGGAGACUGAAUUGAUUGGUGGCGAACAAAGAACUCCGCAAGGUAAAGUAAUCGGGAAGACUGGCACCGAUGUCCCCGAUAUGUUCAGUGCAGCAGUCAGGUUGAAAGCAGUCAAGAAGCUGAUGGGAUCAGAGCAGAAUAACAACAAGGGCAGUUCACAGGGCGGGGCAGGGGCACCUGGCAGCCCCACCAGCAACCCCAGUGCACGGAGAAGAUGGAAGAUGGUGUUUAAUGUUCAAAAGUUUGAAUCAGUUGUCCGAAAAAAUCAAGUCCCGGAAAGAAUUCCCAGAGAGCUGUUAAUGGGUGAAGCAAAGAAAAAGCGGAAAAAUUUUCUUAUGGGCAAGUUUCGUGAAAGGACAGGAAGCUUCGACCUUCGCCUGGAUCUGCCGCCUGACAUUCAGCGCACGAAGAGCGAGCAGGACAUAGCGGAAAAGGGGCUGCAGGGCUCCUCCAGACUGUGGAUCGGGAAGGACUACGUCAACUUCAUCCAUAAAGAUUUUGUUGAACUUCAUUCCCCAUACGCAGACUUCAUCGACCGCAACGUCACCCCUCGCAUGCCAUGGCACGACAUCGGCGCUGUUGUAUACGGCAAGGGCGCCCGGGAUGUAGCAAGACAUUUUAUUGCCAGGUGGAAUUUUACAAAGCUGGCUAAAUGUAAGAAGAAUAACAACUUCCCUCUGCUUCUGCCAAAAAACAACGUCAAGUGUCAGAUUCCACAGUCAAUCAAGAACAUCACCUUUAAUGUCAAAACACAGAUACUGCGCAGCACGUCGGGGUGGUCAGCUGGGAUUGAAGCCAUCGAGAACUCCAUCCAGGAGGCCUACAUCCACUGCAUAGAGAACUCCAAACACUACAUCUACAUCGAGAAUCAGUUCUUCAUAACACAAGUCGACAACUCCUCGUCUGUGUCCAAUGACGUGGGAAACGCCCUGUACAAACGGAUCCUGCGCGCCCAUCGGGCGGGUGAGAAGUUCCGUGUGUAUGUCAUGAUGCCCCUCCUGCCGGCCUUCGAGGGGGAGUUUGGGACACCAGGGGGCACUGCACUUCAGGCUGUCACUCACUGGAACUACUCGUCUAUAUGCAGGGGAGGCAACUCUCUCAUAGAGAAACUCAGCAAAGAAGUGCCAGACCCUAUGCAGUACAUCAUCUUCAACGGGCUGAGGACUCACGACGAACUGAAUGGUAAACCUAUCACUGAGCUCGUGUACGUGCACAGCAAGCUGAUGAUUGUUGAUGACGACACAGUCAUUAUCGGUUCAGCCAACAUCAACGACCGAAGCAUGCUGGGAAAGAGGGACAGCGAGAUGGCAAUGAUGGUGGAGGACCUUCCCAAAAACAAGUUUGAGAUCUCAUUCGGGGACCGGAAGCACAUGGCUGGCAAGUUUGCCUCAUCCCUAAGAAGAACCCUGUUCAAUGAGCACCUGGGCCUGGGAGACAUGGGUUAUGAGGUGGACGACAUCGUGUCCGACUCGUUCUACAAGGGAGAGUGGAUCAAGAGAGCCAGCAUCAACACUACCAUGUAUGACAAGGUGUUCAACUGCAUUCCCUGUGACAGUGUCCACAGUUUCACAGACCUCAAGAAGUUCCAGUCUGAGAAGACUCUUGUAGAAACCAACCAAUCAGAAGCUGAGGAAAUGCUACAGAAGGUCAAAGGCUAUGUGGUUCUCAUGCCACUGAACUUUCUGAAAAAUGAAAACCUUGCGCCAAAAGUGGGAACAAAGGAAGCCAUUUUGCCUUCUUACCUGUGGACAUGAUGUUGGAGACAGUGGGAUACAUGAUGAAGCAAAUACAGUGGUCAUUGCCAUUUGCUUUGUGACAUAAGCUGCUCCAGACUGAGGGUGUGCUUGGUGGGUCAGUGGGGACAGUGUCAGCUCGGCCAGGUUUGUUUCCCGCAUGGUUGUGGAAGCUGGUUGUCCUGCCCUUCAGCUGCAUGGGAUCUCACUGUUUAUCCAGAAUGAAGACACUUGAAAAGACAAGAGGUGGUCACCCACCUGGGUAGAUCCGACAGUCUGGGUUAGGGCCCGAUAUGGAUACAAGUUGUGGAUCCUCCUGAAGACAACAAUACAUAGCGUUCUGGUAUUUGCUGGCAAAAACCAUGUCCUGUUAAUGUUGAUAGCUUGUCAUUAGCCACAGCUUGAUAAUGGAUGUGGUUGCAAACUAAUAUUAGCUUUAGUUAGCAUAAUAGUUCUGUGAAGAUAAUUUUAGUUUAGAUGACUUAAUGAAAUGUUUAUAGUCAUAGUCCUCCACAUACUGGUCAGGGAUUUUAUUGGUGAGAGUGCUUCACCUAGUUUGCACAACUCAAUCUUGAUUUUAUGUAAAAGACUUUUAUUUUUAGCGUUCUAUUCAUCAGAGGGAUCUUAUUUUGUUUCCUUUUUAAUUUUUUGGCUAUGAGUUUCAGUAUAUAUUGAUCAUGUGAGAAUAGCUUUGCUCACUUCCGCCACAUGGCCUUCAAGGGAUGUGAGGGACUAGUGCCAAAGUAGAAAUGACUUGUAUAUCCAUUCUUGUCAGAGCAUGUCUCAUUGUGUCUAACAUGCUCAUUAGCUACUUAUAAUUAGCUUGUUCCCAUACAAACCUCACUCUGUGGAUUGUAGCAGUUGGGGAAACAUUCUAUACAUUAUUGCAUGUCACAUUUUGUGUGUUCGUAGUUCUGACAACUUUGGUGGAAAUGAAACUCUCUGGUUGAAUGAAUUCAUUAUCAUCCAGCUGGUGUAUAACUGUCUUUCCAUGCAGCAUGUUGUUGCAUGCUGUUCGUGCAGUCUACAAUCAGGAUUUGACAGUCUAGACAUAAUCUGGAGCAAGACUCCGGUUCCAUGUAGUUUACUUCUCAGAUAAGACAGACUUUAAGUGCAGUCUACAAAAAGGAUUAGACAGUCAAGACAUAAUCUGGGGCAAGACUCCGGUCUCAUGUAGUUUACUUCUCAGAUAAGACAGACUUUAAGUGCAGUCUACAACUGGGGUUAGACAGUCAAGACAUAAUCUGGGGCAAGACUCCAGUUCCAUGUAGUUUACUUCUCAGAUAAGACAGACUUUAAGUGCAGUCUACAAAAAGGAUUAGACAGUCAAGACAUAAUCUGGGGCAAGACUCCGGUUCCAUGUCGUUUACUACUCAGAUCAGACAGACUUUAAGUGCAGUCUACAACUGGGGUUAGACAGUCAAGACAUAAUCUGGGGCAAGACUCCGGUCUCAUGUAGUUUACUACUCAGAUCAGACAGACUUUAAGUGCAGUCUACAACUGGGGUUAGACAGUCAAGACAUAAUCUGGGGCAAGACUCCGGUCUCAUGUAGUUUACUACUCAGAUCAGACAGACUUUAAGUGCAGUCUACAACUGGGGUUAGACAGUCUAGACAUAAUCUGGGGCAAGACUCCGGUCUCAUGUAGUUUACUACUCAGAUCAGACAAACUUUAAGUGCAGUCUACAACCGGGGUUAGACAGUCAAGACAUAAUCUACAUCAAGACUCCGGUUUAGUGUAGUUUUCUACUCAGAUAAGACAGACCUUAUAUUAAGUGCAAUCUGCAACAAGGCUCAGACCAAUUUUAAGUGUACUCUGCAACAAGACCAGGAGAGAGUAUAAGUGUAGACUGCUACUUAGCUAAGACAGACUUUAAGUACCUUCUACAGUGUGACUAUGUUUCCAUGCAGUAUUGAUUCUGUGACAAUGGAAGCCAGAUUGUUUCAGUGGAACACACAAAAAGCAGAUACUGUAAUAUUAUUUCUCUGAAAUGUUGCUCAAAUUUGUUAAAUGAUGAAAUCACUGCAUGAAUGAUAAAAUCAGUAUUGAUUGUUCAACACAACUGACAGUAUCGAUUUAUGUUGUGUUUGCUCUGUAUGGAUAAUGUUGGUAUAUAUCUCUUUUUUAAAUAUCUAUUUUUCUGAUACUUCGUACUCAGUCUUCCAUGUUGAUGACAUCUGUCUGUUCUGUUUGUCCACUCAAAGACGUAUAUUUACAUCUAUAUGCGUCUUUGGUCCACUCUACCUACAGAAGCUACGUUCUUGGGGCAUUUUUUUUUCUUGAAUAAAUUUUUGGUGUGUUAGUGAGGAUGCUGACUAUUCUUAUGGAUAUGAUGGGUGUUGAUAUUUUUCAUGUUUUAGAGAAAGUAAUUUUUAACCAAUCAAAUUUUAGUCAUUGUUUUUACAAAAACAAGGUGCCAUCAUUAUUGUUGUUGGUGUGGAUUCAUGGUUAAUUGUAAGUCAAUGGCCUGAAGGAACAGAAUUUUGGAAGAUAAAAUUAUGUUUCAAUUUGUGUCGUUAAUCAAGUGGAAUUUGUUUUUAUCUUUCAUUCAUUUUUUAUUUUGUAGGGCAAGCUUUUCCAUAAAACAUGACACAGUUGGUGUGGAUGUAUAUGUUUUUAGAAGAAUAGUGUGAUGUCAUGUUUAUAGCAUGUGCUUUUGUAGAGCUAACUUAGGGGGCAGUUGUUACAUUGGGCACACUGGGAACAAGUGCAUGGACAUCGCUGUCCUGGGCAGCUGUUGAGGAUGUCGUCAUACCUUCAUCCAGUGAAAGUGGCUCACCAACCCAACCUUCCAUUAGUGGAAUACUAUUGUACAAAAUUUGAGAUUUUGAAAUUGUCUGUUUUGAUCUCUGUUGAGUAUGUUGUAGCUCUGUGUGUCACAAUUUUAGAACCAUCCAUUACAAAAGUUCAAAUUAGGGCUAUAGGAUAAGGGAAGUAACUCUAUCGCUUGUCAUUGAAAAUAUACCAACAGGUGUUGUAUUUUAUACUCAUUGAGGUAAGGUGUUGUUGUAGGCAGUUGGCUGGACAAUGGAUCUCACAAUCUCCUUUUAUUGCUUUACCUCUUUGGGGAGUUUUGGUUCUUGUUUCUCUUCAUGACCUUUCAACGCUGCAUGUUUAUGAUCUAUGUGUAGCAGGACGUGGAGUCAUCCCACAGAUGACAUCCUUACCUUCUCAGCUGACGGGGUUAACCUCUUUGGUCAUGUGGACAAGGCGUCCGACCUCCGAUCAGAAGGUCCGUGGUUCGAAUCCCAUCACAGGACUCGGAAAUUUUAUGGCCGCUACAUAUGGAAUGGAAACCUACUGUUGUUAAAAUUGUUGCAUAUUGAACUAGGCUAGAAUGUUAUAUAGAAUCUGUAAGCUAAGGUAGCUUCCUCAAACACAACAUGUCUAUCCUGAAGUGUACAUUGAUACACUGAUGAGACUGCUGAAAUGCUAGAUGGUAUAUGUGUUUCAUCCUGAAGUGUAUAAUGACACACUGAUAAGAUUGCUGAAAUGCUAGAUGGUACAUGUGUUUCAUCCUGAAGUGUAUAAUGAUACUCGGAUGAGAUUGCUGAAACACCAGAUGGUAUAUGUUUUUAUCCUGAGGUGUCCAUACACUGAUAAGAUUGCUGAAACGCCAGAUGGUUUAUUGUAAUCCUGUCGUGUCCAGUGGUGCACGGAUGACACUGCUGAAAUGCUAGAUGGUACACGUUUAUGCUUAAGUGUCCAUACACUGAUGGCUUGUUAAAAUUGUGUCUUUAGAUCUGUUCCACAUGUUGAGGCUGUCUCUUUUAUGGCAUUUUAUGCAUCAUUUUGAUACAACAGAUCACUUCUUCAGUCUUUCGCACUCAGUGUCAAAGUAAGCUCUUCAUAGACCAGUUUAAUGAGACUAAAAAAAUAGUCUUGGUUCUCAGGCACCGCCCACAUCAUCAUAAAGUUUGCCCCACGUUUCGUUUUUAUUUCCAUUUUUAAAAACAAAUUUAAAAAAUCCUCAAAUAUUCCAAGUCCAACGGUAGUCAAAUACUGUAUUACAGUAUUUUACUCAUCAAGGAAUACAUUUAUGUAGGGGGGCCCUUUGCCAGGUUGAUUGUAGACAAUUGUUUAUUGAUUACACAACUGUUUAUUGGUUACAUACUAGUUCGAACAACAACAACAAAAAACGCCUGCCCACACUAUAUUUUCAAAAAAACAUUGCCUGAGAACCAAUUCUUUUAUUUUUUUAAACCUGAAGUUAUGUUAUUUGUGUCUGUGUGAUAUCAUAAGUCCAUGGCUGUCAUGAGUGUAGGUGCUGCACAGAUCAGACAUAGAUGUCGGGUGUACAGAUCCAGUAGAACACCACCUACUGUUUCAGUGAAAAGUUUUCAGACAUUGUCUUGUGAGGCUCCAUUUGCAGGCUUCUUCAUACUUCAUACUUCAUGCUUCAUCGUAACACAUUAAGCAUAUAUGGGUCAUAAGUCAUACAUUCCUUUUUAUUUACUUUUUUAUAUUCUUCUUUCUUUUCAUGUAUCAAAAGUUGAGAAACAUUUAAUUAAGAUGUGAAAUUAUUGUUUCCGUAUUCUCAUAAACACAAAUGUUUCUAGAAUGUUUUGAGAGAAAUAGCAGCAUAAGUAUGAUACAUACUACUCAAAAGAAGAUAAGGAAUGCCCAAUUUGGUCAUGUUACAAUAGUUAAUCUGUUAUGCCAAUAAUAUGAAAGAAUCAGAUUAAUUAUAGUAAUAUGAAAGAAUCAGAUUAAUUAUAGUAACGUGAAAGAAUCAGAUUAAUUAUGUUAACAUGAAAGAAUCAGAUUAAUUAUAGUAAUAUGGAAGAAUCAGAUUAAUUAUAGUAAUAUGAAAGAAUCAGAUUAAUUAUUUUGAUAUGAAAGAAUCUGAUUAAUUAUAGUAAUAUGGAAGAAUCAGAUUAAUUAUAGUAACAUGAAAGAAUCAGAUUAAUUAUGUUAACAUGAAAGAAUCAGAUUAAUUAUGUUGAUACGAAAGAAUCUGAUUAAUUAUAGUAAUAUGGAAGAAUCAGAUUAGUUAUAGUAAUAUGAGAGAAUCAGAUUAUGUUAAUAUGAAAGAAUCAGAUUAAUUAUAGUAAUAUGAAAGAAUCUGAUUAAUUAUAGUAAUAUGGAAGAAUCAGAUUAGUUAUAGUAAUAUGAAAGAAUCAGAUUAUGUUAAUAUGAAAGAAUCAGAUUAGUUAUAGUAAUAUGAAAGAAUCAGAUUAAUUAUAGUAAUAUGAAAGAAUCAGAGAUUUCUAACUCUUUUUUAGUAGUAUUUGUCACAUGGUAUUUUGAACUGUUUUCAUGGUCAGCAUGGAGAUUUGUCGUACUGUUUAGUUCCACUCCAUGCCGUGUUUGUGUAAACCUUGUGAAUAGCUACAUUCUAAAUCAAUUCAUAUUGACCAUGACAAGUAUUUUCACUGUGUUCGUGUCAACUGUUAUCAAUCUUGAUCUCAGCAUGUACAUAUUCAGUUACAAAUCAAGUCUUCAUGGUCCUUUUGUCCAGUGAGUGAGUGAGUGAGUGAGUCAGGUUUAACACCGCUGUGAACAGUGUUUCAGUCAAAUCACAGCGGGUCAGCUUGAUGUGGGAGGAAAGCCUAAAGGGAUGUAGGACAAGUGCCUACUAUGUUUCGUUUGAUGACAUUCAGCUUCGUUGUGUUUAUCUGUAAGCCAAAAUUAUUCAGCCAGUGUCUCCUAAGUAAUGUUUGGACAAUGGUCAAACAAGGAAGAAUAUUUGAUACAAUUGUGAAUUAAAUCAAUACUGCAUGUCAUGAAUGAAUUGUUAAUUACCCUAUGUUACUCAUAGUAUCAAUCACUGGUUUGUCUGGCUCAGACUUGAUCAUGUACAUGCUGUUGUUGUGUGGCUGAAUUACUGCUGACUUGGCAUUAAAAAACAAACUGAAAUGAUUUACUAUGUAAUCUGAGCCAAUUUGAAUUAAGGAUGUUACACAUGUUGAGCCUGUUUUUUCUUUCUCUGAUGGAACCACCAUCCUGACAUUGUCUAGUUGAUCAUGAACACAAUCAGAUAAAUGGCCAACAACUGGUAUCUUAUGCUUGGUUGCAAAUGUAUGUAAUGUGUUUUGUAGAUGUGUUUGUUGGAAGUGUAAGAUUGCUGACUCAGGAUAUAUGAAGGAUCUAACUGAACCAUAGUAGGCACACUUUCACACUACAAUGCAGCCCUGUUCAUCCAUUACCUACUCAGAGGGCACCCUUCCACAACAUCGACAGUAGGCUCCCUUCCACAACAUCGACAGUAGGCACCCUUCCACAACGUCGACAGUAGACACCCUUCCACAACAUCGACAGUAGGCACCCUUCCACAACAUCGAUGGUAGACACACUCCAACAACAUCGACAGUAGGCACCCUUCCACAACAUCAAUGGUAGACACACUCCAACAACAUCGACAGUAGGCACCCUUCCACAACAUCAAUGGUAGACACACUCCAACAAUAUCGAUACUAGGCACCCUUCCACAACAUUGACAGUAGGCACCCUUCCACAACAUUGACAGUAGGCAACCUUCCACAACAUUGACAGUAGGCACCCUUCCACAACAUUGACACUAGGCACCCUUCCACAACAUCGACAGUAGGCACCCUUCCACAACAUUGACAGUAGGCAUCCUUCCACAACAUCGACAGUAGGCUCCCUUCCACAACAUUGACACUAGGCACCCUUCCACAACAUUGAAUGUAGGCACCCUUCCACAGCAUUGCCAGUAGGCACCCUUCCACAACAUUGACAGUAGGCAUCCUUCCACAACACUGACAGUAGGCACCCUUCCAACACAUCGACAGUAGGCACCCUUCCACAACAUCGACAGUAGGCACACCUCCAUCAAGAUCCCAUACUUAACCCAGGGCUCCAGAUUGCGCACAAGUUGUCAUUUACAAUGGAUAAUUUUCUUUGGUCAUUCAAUGUAUUUUUACUCCCUUGGGCCAGUCUAUUGGGUAUUUUACACCAAUGAGUAGAUUUUUCAUUUGAUUAAUUAUGCUUUAAUGUUUUUUCAGGCGACUUCUAACAUGUAUCUGUCUGUGCGCAGGUGCAAGUGUGUGACAUGCCGAACACACAACAACAAUGUAUAUGUCUCAUUGACAAUAAGCGAGACAUACGCCUUGUUUAUGCAUUAUGUUUUAUGUAGAGUUUAUGUAUGUGGGAUGCCUACACUAGUGAGUAAAUAAAUAUCUGUGAAGAAAUACAUGCACAUAAGUUGAAAAGGAUACUUCCGGUAAUUACACAGAUGUGGUACUGUCAGGAUUUGAAAGAUUUCAUGCCUUGUAAACAAACAACUUAAAAUUAACUGGGUUAUGGUGAUUUAUUUUACAUAACUUAUGUAAAUGAGGCUUAUCUGGAGCUCUGUAAACCACUUCCAUUUUAGCAGAUAUCAUGUUGAGUUGUUACAAGUUACAUGUAACCUUGUGGUGUAUGUUAUUUAUUACCUGCAUGCUGUUCACAUUCCUAAUCUUGAAUCUGUGCUUAGUCAUAAUGAAAGCUGUGAUGUAGGAAUUCUUCUUGUCCUUCUUUGGGGCAUUGUUAUCUGCGCUUGUCAUUCUCCCCAAUCUGGGGGGUCAGGUAGACUUUGAUACUCAUUCAGUUUGUAAUCAUUUGAUUUGCAUCAGUAAUAUUACUACCCAAAUUCUUCCUUCUCAUAGACUAAAUCCCUAAGCAUUAUUAACAAUAUUACAAAACGAACUUAUAUUAUUAGUAAGUAAUUAAUAAUGCUGUUUCAUCAACCCAUGUUACACCUAGUUUUCAUACCUGAUGCCAUAUUCGGUAAGAGCAGUCGGCACCACUGGAAUACCUCCAAGAAUUCUUCCUUAUUAUGCUUUUUAUUGUUUUAAGAGUAAAAUUGUAAUGGUAAAAUGGUGAGGUCACAUGCUUUUACUGUCCGUUGUAACCUGUGUUCUAAAAGUCGUUGGACACUGAAUGUUUCAUAGUGAGGGCUUAGUCUUAAGAUGCCGUACAAAACCGAUGUUGAGAGUGAUGUUUUCAACGCUGUGUAAUGUGAAAUACAUUUGAAAAACCCUUGUUGGCUUUCAUUUUGGGUAUUAAGUGUAUAUUUUUGCCCAUAGAUUAUAUUUUUAUGAAAAUGCAUAAUCCAGGUUAUUAUUGAAAUAAAAUCUAUGCAGUU